AUGAUAAUCACACCAUCCACGUUACUGAGAUAUUUGAGACGACGUAUUAACAGAGCCGGCGGCAGCCCAGCGGAGCGGCGUGGUUCCGCAGCGCCCGAACCCCGCGAAGCGCUGCGCUGCCCCGGGGCAUGCUGCCGCUCUGCCCCGCGGCUCCGGCCGCAGCCCUCGAGCAUCCCGGCUGGGCUAUGCCGUCCCGCCAGCCCGGGCAUCCCCGCCAGCGCCCGGCCUCCGGCGCCACCGCCCGCCGCAACAGGCGGGUCGGAGCUCCGGCUCUUCAGUCUUCCCGGCAGUGCAGGCAGCCUCGCUCCCCUCGUACUUACCUUAUUUUCAUCUGGUUCUACGACACAAACUUUGUGUCGUGUGUGCCCCCCUCUCCUUCCCCCGCCGCCUACUCCCCUCCUCCGGACACAAACACAAGCUCUUCUUGAUUCGGCUCCUCUGCAUCAGGAUGGGGCGGCAGUCCCGGCCUGUCCCUUUCCCGGGAGCAAGAGGCUUUCCUUUCCCCACGCAGGGAGCCGGGGCCGGACUUUCACCCUUACCUCUCUCUCGCCUAUUAGAAGCAAGGGAAUCCCGCAUCUCCGGCCGCCUGCCCCAGCCCCACUUCGCGUCGCGCCUGCGGGACUUCCAGUUUUCCCCCCUUCUGUCCUCCCGUUUGUCAGCCCGCCUGCCUGCCUGCCUGCCUCCUUUUUUAUUUUCCCCGCCAGUGACUUAAGCCCAAGCCAAAGGAGGCACAAGGAAAAAUACAGCCGUGUGCUCCAGGUCUAUAAAUACAGCUCGAAGAGACCGUCCAAAAGUUUGGAAGGAAAGGAAGAAGGCGUACGGAGACAAAAGCCAAGCACCGCUCCGCUGCUGCCGAUGCUCUGGUUAUGCUCGGGCUUCGCGGCGGCGGACCGAGCCCGUCUGCUGUUUGUUUGGUGAAGCCUAAGAGUCUGAACAUUUCCUUGUUCCCUCCGUGUUUUGUGUAUCCGUCGGAGAGAGAGACAAAAAUUGUCAUGUUUUUAAAGGAGGGGUAGCGGCGCCCCUACCUGCUCUGUGUCGUCUUAGGCGAUACUCUCUUAGAAAGAGUAUCCUGCCUUGGAACACGCCUAAGUGGUGCUGCCGUCGCAGUAAAAGUAACACUGGGAUGCCAGAGAGGAAAUGACCAACAUAUGUCCGCUGUAUCCUAAGUAUUUAUUCACCUUAACUGCUGUCCUCUUUAUCCUACGCAAGAAAUUGGUGUUGGACUGAAAAUAUCGCUCUUUCUCAGGAGGGAGAAAUACCAGUUCAGAAUAACAACGACAGAAAGAGUCAAGGAAAUGUGCAUAUACCGGGUGAAAUGGAGAAACCGCCUCAGUUUUGGCGUUCGUCUAUUUGGGAGAUUGAGGUUGUGAGGAGUAAGCAGGUCCGAAGUUAGGGAAUGAAACCAGCAAGCGGAGAAAAUGACUUCAGUUGCGCAGGCAGCCUUUGAAAGCGCAGGGAAGGACACGCCAAGCUGCCCUGCAGCGAGAGUGAGAAGCGGAAGCAGCGAGAGGCCGCAAAAGAGUGCGGAAAGAUGCUGCCCGGAGCGGCCGCCCGCCUCCCCCCAAGCUCCCCAGGACGGGCGGCCCCAGCCCCAGCGCCCCCCGGAGGGGAGGGAGCGAGGGCAGGGUGCAGGGGGCCUCUCCCCCCGGAAGAACUAAGUCAUCGGCAGCUGCUGUGAGACAGAAGUACGGGGUGCUGAGGAAAUAAGGGCUGAGAGGCAGGAGAAAAUUCAAAGGAGCAAACAGACGCUUCAGCCUUCAGCACUGCAUCUUCGCAGAACUUCGUGCUUUCUUUGCACGUCAAGCGCUAAGCAAAAACACAUACUCCGAACACCGAACACCGAAGAACUCUGUAGACUUCAGAAAAACUUCAGAGAAACUCUUUUCCGGGCCCUCCUACGUCUUCGACAGGGGCAGGAGGCAGCUUUAUCAUGCACUGCUACACAAGCUCGUCACCCUGCCCCCAUGGCACUGUCAUCCAAGGGAGAGAGUUGACCGGGCUUGCCAGGCUUUGAGGUUUUUGUUUAAUUAGCAGUGGUGAGAGUUGUUCACAAGCAUUACUUUUGGUUCAGGGAAAGGAUGAUGAAAUAGAAAUUGUGUAUCUGCUUUAUCUCGAAAAAUUCACCAGUGGUCAAUGUGUAAUGAGACAACAAUACUGCACAGCUUUUGCGGCAGCAGGGUUGUGAAGCCAUCCCAAUACCUUCUCACUGGGCUAGCUCUCACCACAUUUGGCAUUUCACACGUGUAACACUUGGAGUGGAGGCUUCCCCACCAUGCACAUGUGCUGCCACCAGACCACCACAGCUUUACUGAUGACAGAUUUCUAGUAACUGUAGAGUUAUUUCCAGGGGAUGGAUUGCACUGCCAGCCUUUGCAGCCUUGCAGUCUGCCCUGGAGUCAGCAGGGAGCUAGGGGUGGUGAGGGGGCUGACCACAGAUGGAAGUAAAACACCACACAGGCAC